UUCUUUUUUCUCUCUUUCUCUCUCUCUAUCUCUCUCUCUCUCGUUCUUUCGCGUGAGAUUCUCCGGACGCUACCGGGAUGCGUCCUUCGCAAGUAUAAAAGUAAACGCGGCGUGCGAAGGUGCAAAGAGACAGGUUCAGUGCAAGUGGAAACGGACGAUCCCGAGUCAGCCGAAGGAGAAACAACGCGACUCGAACACGACGAGGGAAAGUCGCACGCGCGCGCGGGCGCGAAAAUGUUUCGGAGGGUCAGGAGGAGGCUCGGGUGUCUGACGAUUUAACGACUUCGACAAGGUCAUCCUCUUCGUACGCUAUCGGGCGGACUCGACUGUGUGACUUAUCGCCAAGGACGAUCGCGCUCGUGGCCGUCGCUCGAUGCAGAUUACGGUCUAGGACGAUCGAAUCGACCCAAGUGUGUACGUGGGAUCCGACGUGGGAUCGAGAAGACGAUCUCCGAGUGUACGCGCGGAGCCGCUCGUGGACGCUCGUGAGCAGCGGCGGUGGCGCGAUGAGCCACGAUUCCUUUUGAACUCUCGUUUCCUGCCAUCUCCGUUGAUCCUGGACGAGCUGUCGCGGUGCCGAUCGACUCGCUCGGGGAUCAUCAUCGAUGUACCAACGCCGCGGAUCAUCCACCGUCCACGGCCGCUGGUGGUCGCGCCGUGAGGUGACAGUGCCGUCGCGUGCCGAUCGUGAAAGCCGCCGCCGCGUCGUGCUCGAUGCGUGCACGGAAGAUGGAAGUAAGAACUCGCGUUCGUGCGUUCGCGUGGAGCACUAAGGGCUGAAGUUUCGGAGUUCCGCUGGCCUACUUCGGCUCUGUCCUCCGACCGGAGAGCGCGCGCAGAGGAUGUCCGAGAGAUGACUGAGUGCUGAGGAGGAGGAGAGGGCGCAGUGGCAUCGAAGAUUGCUGCCACUUCGGUCUGGUGGAAUGGAGAUGAACGGCACCGAAAGCAGCCUGAACGGCACCGAGGUCAAUCGCACUUCCGCGCCUGUCUUCACUAUUGGAACGGAUUUUAUCACGCAAUGGAAGCUGAAGAGACAACGAGAACGUCUAUGUCGAUUCGUGUACAACCAGAUUUUGACGGCGGAAUGUACCCAGUUAAAUGGAACAUGGCCUGACCCGGAUGACCCGCGCUGGAGCAGCGGUGAAUACGCGGAACUUCUGCCCGACUGGUUUCCAACAAACGCGACGAACAGCUCGACUUUCGGAAACGUGACGACUUCGUCGACGUUGGAUGAAUCUCUGACGCCCGUUUUGCCGCCGUUCACGCUCUGGCAGACGGUACUGAUCGCAAUCUGCCUGGCGAUAUGCAUACUGUUAACCGUCGGCGGUAACAUCCUCGUUCUUCUGGCAUUCAUCGUAGAUAGGGCCAUCAGGCAACCGAGUAACUACUUCAUCGCAUCAUUAGCCGCCACUGAUAUGCUUAUCGGCACCGUAUCGAUGCCGUUCUACACGGUCUACGUGUUGAUGGGCUACUGGAACCUGGGUCCGCUGCUCUGCGACCUGUGGCUGUCGGUGGACUACACGGUGUGCCUGGUAUCCCAAUACACUGUGUUGCUGAUCACGAUCGACCGCUUCUGCUCGGUGAAGAUAGCCGCGCAAUACCGCAGUUGGCGCACGAAGCAACGAGUCAUCUGGAUGGUAACCAUUACCUGGAUCAUCCCGGCGCUGCUUUUCUUCAUCAGCAUCUUCGGUUGGGAGCACUUUAUCGGCUACAGGGACUUGAACCCGGGUCAAUGCGCGGUACAGUUCCUCAAGGACCCGGUGUUCAACACUGCGUUGAUAAUCGGCUACUACUGGACCACUCUGAUCGUCCUGUUCAUCCUCUAUGGCGGUAUAUACAAGACCGCAUACGACAUGCAGAAGAAGAGCGAAGCGAAACAGCGCAAGAUGCAGUCGAUGGUGGCGCUGAGCGCUGGCGCGAUGUCCGGUAUGGCCGGUCGCGCCGCCGGGAUCGGCAUGUCCAAGACCCAGAGCACCCUGCUGAGCCAGGACAAGUCGAAGGUCGGCGGCGCGACCUCGGUGGACGAAGGCGCCGACGGCACGGACGCUAACGUCGCGCAGAAGAGCGCCGCUAAGACCGUCGGAGACUCCGCGACGACCGUGUUGGAGUCCGCGGGUAAGAACAUUAUCGCGAACACCACGGUCACAGAGACUGAGAAGUCCGAGCGCUCCAGCAGCCCCGCCUUCGACUCUGAUGAGGAGAGCACCGUAGGCACGAGCCAGCAACACAGCAACAUCCGCAAACGGUCGUCGUUGGCGGGCCUGGUGGCCCAGUCCGGCGCCUUGCAAGUGUUCGCCACCAAUGGGCGCCUCAACGGCAUCGUACCGGUCAAGGUGGAGCUGAGCGUGCCGACUGCGCGAAAAUUACUGCCCACCAGCCCGACGCGCGAGAUCGGCACGGCGACGCAGCGGGCGCAGACACUGCCGAAGAUCCAAGAGCUCAGUCUCCUGGACACCGACAAUCCCGCCGAGCGGGACAAGUCGAGCAGCCGGACGCUCACGCCGGAGCAGUCUCUGAAAUCGAACGACGCCGAGGCUAAUCAACAGUCGAUCGCGUCGGCGGUCGAGACGACGCCGCCCGUACCAAGCAAGCGCGCGUCGAUCAAUAGCGCUCAACAGAACAUCAUCCCGCCGCCCACGCAGUUCCAGAGCAGCCCGCCGGUGUCAGUGGACAGCCCCAGCACGUCGUCGCCGUCGACCACUGACCGACCCAAGUCGCUCAUCGUUUGUGCCCAUGGCCAAGGUACCUACGACAUCCUCACCGGCCUGGACGGCGGCGAUCUGCGAUACAUGGACGAGAGUUCCAUCAUCUUGCCCAGCCCCUCCUACGAGAGCCCGCCGUCUUCCUUCUCCUGCAGCCUGGCGAACCCCUUGUCGACUGCGCCGCCAUCACCGAUCUUGGGCAAUGCCGUGGCGACUGGCGCCGGCGCCGGCACCGGCGCCAACACCAGCCUGCUGCAGACCGCUCUCAUCAGGGCGACCGCGCAGCAGGCUGGUAGCGCAAACCUGACGGUCGCGCAGAGCAAACAUCAUCAGCUGGUGCAGCAGCCCGUCAUGUCGAACGCGUCCAGUCAAACGCAUCCGCCGCGCGUCUUCAUCACCCACCAGACGAACGCGGCUUCGCAGACAUCGCCGACGGUGAGCAAGGUGCACACCGAGGUGACCGUGAACGCGGAGGGCGGCAAAAAGCGUCAACCGGUGACGACGGUGGUGACGAGUGCGGCGGCGACGGCUGCGCCGACGACGGGGCUGACGGCGACGACGGUGGUAGUAACGAUGGAGUCGUCCAACAGCACGACCGACCGCGUUUCCGAUCAGUUGACGAAGGUGAGCAACCUGCCGCAAAACUCGUCGUCCAGCAGCGUGAUGCCGACGGUGUCAGUCACCACCAACAGUCAGCAGGAGGUGAAGCGGCAGUCGUCCAAAAGGAAGGAGAUCUCAUCGGACGCGGAGCAGAGCGGCUCGAGGCGGGAUUUUGUCAAGUCCAUCGGCAAGCGUCUCAAGGCGAAGACGCAGAAGAAGGACUUCACGAUAGGCCGGCAGAAAUCGCGGACGGAGAACAGAGCGCGCAAGGCGUUCCGCACGAUAUCCUUCAUCCUGGGCGCGUUCGUCGCCUGUUGGACGCCCUAUCACAUACUCGCGCUCGUCGAGGGUUUCUGCGCGAACCCGCCCUGCACCAACGAGCACCUCUUCAUGUUCUCGUACUUCCUGUGCUACGCCAACAGUCCCAUGAAUCCCUUCUGCUACGCCUUGGCGAAUCAGCAGUUCAAGAAGACUUUCACCAGGAUACUCAAGGGCGACUUGCACAUGACGUAAAGGCAGAAGCAAAGGAAAAGCGAGAAACACACGGCCGUUCGAGCAGGCGUGCUCGCGCGCGACCGUGAUCGCGUGUUUCGAUAAUACCUUCGUAGCUGAACGUUUAUAGGCGACGCGAACGCCCCCCCCCCCACUUGUCGCGGGGAGCAGAUGGCCUUCCACACUUAAUUACCGAAUUAUACUCGCUCGUCUCGCAACUGUGGUGAACUCGGACAAUAAUCAAAUGAGAAUCAUAUUUUAGGACACGCGCCGGGGGCGAGAACCGGCCCGCGUCGCGCGCGCUUUUUUGUAUAUAUGGUAUAUAGCGAUAUACGAAUUAACGCGACGAGAUUAAUAGCAGCCGACUUCGAGCCUAAGCUCGACGGUCGCGCGCAUCAUGUAUAUAACAUGCUGUAUACAGACGUGUGAAUAUAUUUGUUAUCCCUCGUGUAAUGUGCAUUUAGGCCGCUUAGUUAGGCGCAGGUGGCAGGUAGCGCUGUAUAUGUGCGAAUAGAGACAGACAGACAGAGAGAGAGAGAGAGAGAGAGAGAGAGACAG